AUGGAAAAACAGCUCAAGUACGGUAGAUUUGACAUCUAUCCGUAUCUCACAUUUUCAUGUCAACAUAAUAACUUGCAUGAUAUAAAUGAUGAAGUGGACAAAACAAUAUCAAUUUCUAAUUUGAAAAAUAUUGACUUACAAAAUUGUUUGUUCCCAAAUGAUCCUAUUAGAAUUCCAUCUAAGCUCUCACAUGUUUUGCUUAAUUAUUUUUUUGAACAUGGAGCGUGCCAACCCAGUCCUUUUGAUUUACCUAAUAAAAUGUUUCCAAAAACAAAAGACUCAACAGGAAAGUUACAUUCAUUUCACGAAUGUUACUAUUUUACAAAUAUUCCCACUAAACCAACUCCAAUUAAACGUCAAUGCCUGUCAUAUUCACCAACAGUGGACCAAAUAUUUUGUACAACUUGCAAGCUAUUCAGUUUAAAAAAGGGUAAAAAUUGGAAUUUAGUGGACCAUGGAUCUAACAAUUGGAAACAUUUAAAAAGAACUAUUGAAAACUAUGAAUCCUCAACAGAACAUUUACAAGCAGAAAUAAGUUGUGGCAUUUAUACUAAAAAUCAACGUUUGGAUUUAACACUUUUACAUUCUGCUAAUCAACAAAUUGCUUCAAAUAGGGAAUUAUUGAGAGUGAUCAUAGAUGCACUUUUAUAUACUGCUCGCCAAAACAUAGCUCUUCGUGGACAUAAUGAAAAAAAAACUUCCCUUAUCAGAAGAAAUUUUUUAGAGCUUUUAAGUGUAUUGAGUAAUAACCACGCUGGUUUAAAAAAUCAUUUAGAUCAAAUAUGUCUAAUACACGCCAAAGAGUAUCAUGUAUAUCUAACAGAAGUCAAAAUAAAUUAUUGA